UGUUAAUGUCAAGUGGAUUAUUAGCAGGAAACCAAGAGCUCUUAAAAUACUACACUUUUUAUUCCAGGCUUAAAGAUUUUGAUAUUCAGAAACUCAGAAUAUGAAAAUUCAGUUCAAGUACCAGCAUGAAUGUAUUUUUAAUUGUUCCCAGAGCUCAGACAGCAGUGAAGUGGAGAAAUUGCCUGAUAUCAACACACAAAUGAAAGCAUGAGCCUUGCUUUCUUACAGAAAUACAGACUUAUUUGCUGAAUCACCUAAUACUGUGCAAGUUGUGUUAAUGUCAAUAGUAGGGAAAACAUAGCAGCAGCUUUCCUCUUCCCUCACUUAUCAUAUAUUCUGGAUCUGUCUUUUUCAGUGAAGGGUUUAAGUGUAAUAGAUUACCAAUGUGAUUUAUCAGUAAAUUAUAUUCAGACAAGGAAUUGUCUUUUCCUCAGGAAAAUAAUGGGGUAAAAUUUGUGGGGAGAGGAGGGAAGCACAUAUUCUCCAAACCCAAAGUUUCUACUCAGGGAAAUAAAGCAACAUCUUUUGUUCCAUUUCUACCACUGUACACAAAAGUAAUUUCCCCCUCCAGUAGAUUUUGAAACUCAGGAAUGUCUCAUUGGAAAGACAUUUCUAAGAUUAUUUUUUUUUCCUCAUUGUUAAGAGGAAAUGGCUCCCUUAGUCAUGGCUAACAAACCUGGCACACAUAUGAGGCAAAAUCUGUUUUGAAGUAGUGACAUUUUUGUCAUUCAUGCCAAAGGUAGGGCAGAUUCUGAGAUUUGGGAAUAAAUGGAUGUUCUCCUCAGCCAUGGGGAUCUGUUACACUGAAUUCUCUAUGACAGGUGAAGGAACCAAACAGGGUUUUUUAAAAGACAGAGGAGGAAAUGUCAUCAGGAUAAUUUACGGAGCUGAUAAUCCACGGCUUCCUCAUUCUUCACAGGGAAGAUCUUCGAACGGGGAGUUCACAAAUUUCAUGUGAGGCACACGGAGUGCAAGCAUUGACCUCGGUCGGGCACGACACGGCACCACUGCCCAGCACCCACUUCUUGGUGGUGCCACUACCAGCUCUUCCCAGUUCUUGUUCCUCGGGGAGAGCCUGCUGCUCUCAGAGGUCGCAGAUUCCGCGCGGUGAGGGGUAAUUCCCCCUUAACACCAAAGCUUGAAGCACAACCUGCAUUGCCCCGUUUGGCCAAGGAGAAUAGUGAGAUAUAAUCGUAUAGAUCAGCCCGGGACGCGGCACAACCUGAAGGGUCCGAGGCAGGUGACAGAGUAGAAAUUGACACUUGAGGACAAAAAGAUGCGGUGAGGAGAAAACGGGUACGUUUUUCUUUUUGCUGAAGCAUCCCCGGUCAGGCUGAGAUGGUGGCAGCGGGAACGGGAAAGUUUGCCGUGACUUCACAUUAACCCGUAUUUAGCGGCAAACCCUUAAAACUUUUAGCUGGGAGCAGCAGAAUCCCUCCCUCAGCCCCUCCAGCUCUCCCCUCCGCCUUUCCCCAGCCUGUGGGGCGGCUGGCUCCCCCCUCCCGAGCUGCUCCAGCGGGUUCCCGAGCCGGGAGCCGCGGGACGGGACGGGGCGGGAGCGGCGGAGAGAGGGAGGGGGAGAGGCGGCCCUCAGGCAGCUUCCUCCCGCUCUGCCUUCCCCGUCCGGCGGCCGCGAAGAGCGCGCCAUGGCCCGCAGCCGCCGCCGGGAGGGCUCCGCGCCGGGCACGGCCCCGCCGCCAGGUCCCGCCAGGGGCGCCGGGCCCUGGGCUCGGGGUUAGAGCCUCGCCGGGGCCAUGGGCACGGCGUCGUCGCUGGUGAGCCCGGCGGGCGCGGUCGGGGAGGUGAUCGAGGACACGUACGGCGGCGGCGGCGAGGCCUGCGAGAUCCCGGUGGAGGUGAAGCCCAAGGCGCGGCUGCUGCGCGGGUCCCUGCGGCGCGUCGGCGGCUCCCGGCCCGGCGGCCUCAUCGGGGCCAGCUUCAAAUCCACGGCCUCGGUGCAGGAGCUGGAGUGCGUGGCCGAGUACGAGCGCCUGAGGAAGGAGUACGAGAUCUUCCGCGUCAGCAAGAACAACGAGGUGGCCUCCAUGGUGAAGAAGGAGGCGAAGCUGGACAGGGAGAACAAGCGGCUGCGCGCCGAGCUGCAGGCACUUCAGAAAACAUACCAGAAAAUACUUAGAGAGAAAGAAAGUGCAUUGGAAGCUAAAUACCAAGCCAUGGAGAGAGCUGCUACUUUUGAACAUGAUCGAGACAAGGUUAAAAGACAAUUCAAGAUUUUUAGAGAAACUAAAGAAAAUGAGAUUCAGGAUUUACUGAGAGCCAAACGAGAGCUAGAAGCAAAACUCCAGAGACUCCAGGCCCAGGGAAUCCAAGUGUUUGAUCCUGAAGAGUCUGAUUCUGAUGAUAAUUGUACAGAUGUUACAGCUGCUGGAGCACAGUCUGAAUACUGGAAUGGAGGAGUGUUGGGAAGUGAGCCAUCCAUGGGUAGUAUGAUGCAACUUCAGCAGUCUUUCAGAGGGCCUGAAUUUGCUCACAGCUCCAUAGAUGUUGAGGGACCAUUUGCAAAUAUAAACAGAGAUGACUGGGAUGCUGCUGUUGCCAGUUUAUUGCAGGUUACUCCUCUGUUUUCCCACUCUCUGUGGAGUAACACAGUAAGAUGUUACAUUAUCAGUACUGAUGAGACUCAGCCAGAUGUGACCAUCUUCAUUAGAAACUACUCUCCAAAACUUCAGAGAAUCUGUGAAACAAUGGGGUACUUCUUUCAAGUUGUUAAUUUUUCAACAGAAAAUGAAAGGCCUCUUAAGGAUGUAAGAAAAUGGGAAAUUGAAAAAAGUUCAUUAGUCAUUUUGCUCCUGCAUUUAACUUUGCCAAGUUGUUUGUUGGAGGACUGUGAAGAAGCCUUCUUGAGAAAUCCAGAAGAAAAGCCCCGGUUAAUUUAUCACAGAAGGGAGGAUGGCAGAGUCAGUUCAGUCGCAGUGCAGCAGUUAAUUGAGCAAAUUUCUUGCAUGAACAAAGCAAAGAUGAUUGACCAUGUUGGAGGUGUGGAGGAAGGAGCAUAUGAAAUCUAUAAUUGUGUGGAAAAAAUAAUUAAACAGGAUAUAUUGGGGUGUGAAAUGACAGACCUAGAAGGCAAGGAUUUGGGUAAUAAGGAAGACUCCACUGCUCCUGAAGAAGUUUUUGGUGAUGUAUUGUGGGAUGCGCACGAUGAGCAAGAACAGAUGGAAGCUUUUCAGCAUGCCUCUAAUUCAACAUGUGAGCUGGGAUUUGAGAAAUAUUUUGAACGUCUGAAUGACCUAGUAGCAGCGCCAGCACCAAUUCCACCAUUGCUAGUAUCAGGAGGACCAGGCUCUGGGAAAUCUCUCCUUCUGUCAAAAUGGAUUCAGUUACAGCAGAAGCAUUCACCAAACACUCUAAUUCUUUACCACUUUGUUGGGAGGCCCAUGUCUACUAGUUCAGAAUCUGCACUGAUAAUUAAGCGCCUUACUCUAAAGCUUAUACAACACUCUUGGUUAGUAUCACCUCUGACUUUCGAUCCAGCUAAACUUCUGGAAGAGUUUCCCCGUUGGCUGGAAAAACUUUCUGCACGCCAUCAAGGCAGCAUUAUUAUAAUUAUUGACUCCAUUGACCAAAUACAGCAAGCUGAGAACCAUAUGAAGUGGUUGAUAGAUCCUCUGCCAGUGAACGUGAGAGUGAUUGUAUCCGUGAAUGUAGAAACAUGUCCGCAGGCGUGGAGGUUAUGGCCCACUCUUCAUCUUGAUCCACUGAAUUCCAAAGAUGUUAAAUCUCUCAUUAGUGCAGAAUGUAACUCUGCAAAUGUUAAGUUGACUAAAGAGCAGGAGAAAAAGCUGGAGAGACAUUGUCGUUCCGCCACAACUUGCAAUGCUUUGUAUGUCACUCUCUUGGGCAAAACCAUUGCUUGUGUUGGAAAUACAGGAAAUGUUGAUGAGAUUCUUCAUCAGUGUUGCCAGUGUCAAGACACAGUGUCACUGUACAGGCUUGUUCUGAGAUCAAUUCAGGAAUCAUUGCAGAGUGAUAAAGAGAGAGGUCUUUUGAGAGAGAUACUGUGUGUCAUUGGUGUCAGCCACAAUGGGGUGAGUGAGUCAGAGCUGAUGGAGCUUUAUCCUGAGCUGACUUCUGCAGUGCUGGCCUCACUCCUUCACAGCCUGCACAAAAUGUGUCUGCUGACAUAUGGCUGUGGUUUGCUGAAGUUCCAGCACCUCCAGGCUUGGGAGAUGGUAAAACUAGAGUAUAUGGAAGCUGGUGAAAAUGUUAUUUCUGCCUAUAGACAAAAACUAGUGGAAUAUUUCACCAUGCAGUUAAGUCAAGACCGAGUGACUUGGAGAAGUGCAGAUGAACUUCCCUGGCUCUUCCAACAGCAGGGUGAUAAGCAAAAGCUGCACAAGUGUCUUUUGAAUCUCUUUGUGUCCCAAAACCUUUACAAAAGGGGACAUUUUGCAGAAUUGCUGAGUUACUGGCAGCUGGUUGGGAAAGAUAAGAGCUCUAUGGCAGCUGAGUAUUUUGACUCUCUGAAAGAAUAUGAAAAAAGCAGUGAGGGAGAGGAAAGUAUGAUCUGCCUGGCUGAUCUUUAUGAGACCCUGGGACGGUUUCUUAAGGACCUAGGUCUUCUCAGUCAGGCUGUAGCUCCUCUGCAGCGCUCUCUGGAGAUUCGAGAGACUGCGCUGGAUCCAGACCACCCAAGGGUGGCACAGUCACUCCACCAGCUGGCAGGAGUGUAUGUUCAGUGGAAGAAGUUUGGGAAUGCUGAACAGCUGUAUAAACAGGCACUGGAAAUCUCUGAAAACGCCUAUGGAGCAGAACACCCUCGGGUGGCCCGUGAACUUGAUGCACUUGCAACCUUGUACCAAAAGCAGAGCAAAUAUGAACAAGCUGAGCAACUGAGGAAAAAGUCCUUCAAAAUACGCCAAAAAGCAGCAAGGCAGAAAGGCAGUCUGCGUGGCUUUGCUCUCCUGCGUCAAAGAGCCCUGCAGCUGGAAGAGCUCACGUUGGGCAAGGAUACACCAGAUAAUGCUCGAACCCUCAACGAGCUGGGAGUCCUCUACUACCUGCAGAAUAAUCUUGAGACAGCAGAGCUCUUCCUGAAGCGCUCCUUGGAAAUGCGGGAGCGAGUCCUGGGAUCCGAGCACCCGGACUGUGCGCAGUCUCUGAACAACCUGGCAGCCCUGUACAAUGAGAAGAAGCACUAUGACAAGGCUGAGGAGCUCUAUGAGAAAGCUUUGGACAUCAGGAGGAGAGCCUUGGCUCCAGAUCACCCCUCCUUGGCUUACACUGUGAAACACCUGGCAGUGCUGUACAAAAAGAUGGGAAAGCUGGACAAGGCUGUUCCUCUGUAUGAGCUAGCAGUUGAAAUUCGACAGAAGUCAUUUGGCCCAAAACACCCGAGUGUAGCAACUGCUCUGGUAAACCUGGCUGUCCUUUACUGUCAGAUGAAAAAGCAGAUUGAAGCUUUGCCUCUCUAUGAACGCGCACUGAAGAUUUAUGAAGACAGCUUUGGCCACAUGCAUCCUCGCGUGGGGGAAACACUGAAAAACUUGGCUGUGCUAAGCUAUGAAAGGGGAGACUUUGAGAAGGCAGCUGAACUUUACAAGAGAGCUAUGGAAAUAAAAGAAGCAGAGACUUUGUUGAUAGGUGGAAAAGCAACUUCUCGACACUCAUCAAGUGGAGACACAUUCAGCUUAAAAAGUGCAUUAUCACCAUACACUUUGCUGGAACAAGGACAAAGGUGAUGCAAACCUGCUCCAAGAAAAGGCAGUCUCCAUUGAUAUUUUCAAGAUUAUGUACUGUUUUGGGACUGACACCUGUCUUCAUGAAUUCUGCCUUAACUUUGCAGACUGUACGGUACAAAGUGAGUUUUUUUUCAUUCUAUAUGGGUACACACAUUAGUUACUAGCUCAAGUUGUAGCUAAUGCCAAAUGCAUGGACUUGAUGCCUCUAAGCAUAAGUGCCAGGACUAUAAAAGAUUAAGCUGAACCACUUGUAUAAACUCCAAGGGACAGUACUUAUUUCUGUGUUGUAAUAGCAUGGCUUAGAGGAUUUGUGUAUUUUUGUAUCAUCAAUCCUUCCUGCCUUUUUAUAACCCUUUAAAGUUGUUUCUGAAGAAAUGGUAAUUUUGAAAAAUUUUUGAAAAUACUAUUUAACCUGAAGUUUUACCUGCAGGGUUACUUUAGCCUUAGGCAAAUUUUCAUUCAAGGGACUUGAGCAAAAUCAAUUGGUUUCCUUGGGAAGCUAAGGUAUCUAAAUAUAUCAUCAUCUUCAGUUAAAGCUGUUGUUAGGUUCCACUCUUUCAAUAAAAAUACUUUCAGUGGGCAAUCAGAAUGAAGAUUAUGGCCUGUUCUUAAACCUUUAGCAAUACUUUCACUGUUUAAUCUUACUGAAUCCCUUAAAAUACAAGAAUGCUUGUAUUAGUUGGGAAAACCUAGCAAUGCAAAAUAGUUUGCCAUCAGAUAAAGAAAUUUUAAACAAAUCUA